AUGGAAGCAGAUGAAUCUUUCGACACCGACUUAGAGGAAGACAGCGUCUUCGAAGAACUUGAAAUCGCCGACGGAAACGACGAGGUUGAGAAUUCAGGAAAGUCAGUUCAGGAUAUUUACCUCGAGGCAUGUAAAAAUAAUGAAGUUUUUCCUUCAUCAAGAUUCUUGAAACGAUGCUUAACUGAGAGCGUAGACCUGAGCCAUUACGGCCUCGGCAAUCCUGGCACAAGAGCCGUUUGCACAGCUUUGGAAAAAUGCUCAAAUGUAAUAAACUUACAACUUCAAGACAAUGGCAUUAAUGACAAGGGAAUCGUGUCAAUCGCAAAGAUGCUGAAAAGAAAUGUUCAUAUAGUCAAGGUGGAUCUGUUGGGCAACCCUAUUGGCAAAGGAGGUACUGAUGAACUAGGGGAUAUGCUACUGCAGAACAACACCCUAAAAGAACUAAACCUUAGCAAGUGUAGUUUGCAAGGGAAAAACUUCGUUGUUUUUUGUAAUUCAAUUAGGUUAGAUGCCCCGUUGACAUAUUUGAAUUUGUCAUACAACGACCUUGGUGACAAAGGGGCGUCGUCGCUUGGGUCGGCCAUCAAGUGGAACACAGUCCUAGUCACUCUGGACAUCAGUUGGAACAGCAUUCGGGUCGAAGGGGCUCGGGUCUUGGCUGAGGGAUUAAAAAUGAAUACUCGCCUCAGAGAGAUGAAUAUUAGCUGGAAUGGCCUUCUUGAUAAUGGCAUUGCAUCUAUGCAAGAUGCAUUGUCGUGCAACCAGACGCUCAAAGUCCUGGACAUCAGCAGUAAUUGCAUCUCCAAUAAAGGUGUUGCUUCCAUAGCAAAGUUUUUGAGGACGAACAAAUGCUUAGAAAUUUUGAAAACUGGGCGGAAUCCAUUCCAAAGCUUUGGUGCCUGUAUUCUCUUGCAGGCAAUAAGGAAAAAUCUAUCGAGCGCUUUGAGAGAGUUGCAAAUGGACGAUAUAGUCUUUGACAAGGAUUGUGCCCGAGAGCUUGAACUUUUGCUGGAAGGAAGGCCAUGCUUCACGUGUUCCUGGGAUAUCAGCAUAAAGGGAGAGCGCAAAUCGGACGAGAUCAAGAAUACGACUGAUGUUUUUGAUGUCUACUUGGCUUUCGUUCGCACUCGAGGGCUCCGCUUGAUCGAAUUGUUUAAGAUUUUAUCGAAGGACCGCGAUGGUGGCAAGCUCAGUAAAGAGGAUUUUGUAAGUGGAAUGAAGAAGUUAAAUGCGCCAUUUCAUGACAUGAAAUUAAGGGAACUGUUUGAUAGAAUGGACCUAAACGGUAGUGGUGUCAUCAAGUUUCAAGAUUUCGUUGUUUGUUCCCGUGGACGGUAUUCACAUUUAGGAAGACAUAUUUCAGCAGCAACUUAAAAAAAAAAACCAAAGGGCCAGUUUCUUCAUCAUCACUACCACCACCACCACCAUCGUCAUCAUUAUCACCAUCAUCAUCAUCACGAUUAUUAUCAUCAUCAUCACCACCACCACCACCACCAUCAUCAUCAUCAUCAUCAUCAUCAUCAUCAUCAUUAUCAUCAUCAUCAUUACUAUUAUCGUCAUUAUAAUCUUCAUUAAGGUGUCUAAGCGUUUUAGCGCCACUUGGCACUAAUUAGGGACACAUACAAUAAAGAACUAACGAUAUCAAAAGGAAGAUGAAUGUCAAGGGAAUGUCUAAUUUCUGAACUUCUUGUUACAACCGUUCCCAAAAAUUCUCCUUACCAUUUUCGUAUUGAUAUUUUAGCCCAACAGGAGCAUGGGCUCCUGAAUCCAACCACUCUCCCUUCUCUCCUUUGGUAUAUCUUCGUCCACGAGCUCGAUUUCACGUGAAUUUUAACGUUUAGCAGAAACAAAUAACAUGCCUCUGCUUUUAGCCAAUCACCGUACGGUAAGUGCUCGCACGUAAGUUUGAACUUCGUUCCGAACUUUUCGGAUUUUUUUAUGCUCUCUCUUCGUUGCUUAGGUUUUGAGCUUUUCCUGCCAGGUACAAAAAGUCUCAAUCGCUUAAAACUAUGUCAAAAUUGUCUUUCUCUGAGAGGAAGGGGUAGAGUUUUAUAAUAUCUACCACCCUCCGUUCUUAAAUCUCCCGUGGAGAGUACGAAGUUGACAAAAUGACUGUACCUUACUCCCUCUCGCCCCAGUACUCCCUCCUUUUCCUUCCACCCGCCCAGGGCCCAGUUGUUCGAAAGCCGACUAGCGCUUAACCCGGGGUAAAAUUUAACUCGGGUUCCUCUUUCUCGUGUUAGAAAGCAUUUUUUUCGGACAAUUUUCUCUGCUAUUUUUAGAGCUUCCAAUCAUCAGCUUGUAGACAGACAGAAUUAAAACUGAAAUGCUUUUUAAACUUUCAAAUCUGAAUUCAAAUCUCGCACUAACCCUGGGUCAUCUGAACCCAGCUUUGCACAACUCGGCCCUGGUUCAAAAAACACUUGUCGUUUUCGAGGGGUGGGGGGGGGAGGGGAGAAUUUGAAAAUAGACUCAAAUGUUGACUAAAUCACGUCCCCGGUAUUCGUCGAACCAUGUUCAGAUCUUCUUCGGAAUGCUCAAGUGGAUCCCACGUCGUUUCAGUUCUAUUACGUUUUUGAAAUUGCCUCAAUGCAUGACUUUUAAAAGGCACAUUAAUCUUUUGGCUUGAGCUAUCAAUCGAUCAAUUUAUCAACAAAGGUUAAUACGUGGGAUGAGGUUGCCCACCAUACAAAGACAAUAAACAAAAACAAAAAACAAACAAAAAGAAAAGAUAACGCCAUUGUUUAUUUGUUUUGAUAGUUAGUACCGAAAAAUUGUCAUAAAUUUUUAUCGAAAUCAGACUGUAUAUGAUCAUCACUCGUCCAACAUGAUUUUUUUUUGUAGUGUAUUUUUUUUAGUGACUGAACUUUGUAAUCAUCUUCUGACACAAAAACAAAAAUCUUUUUAUGGGUAUAUUUGUGGAAAGUUAACGACAAAAUAAUAUAGCUGUAGCUCGACUUAGGGCCUGUUUACAUGGAGGUGGGGGACCGGCCCCAGGUAGGUGAGGUAACCCGCUUAGGUGGGGUAACCCGCCUGUCCAUAUAAUCCCUCAUUUUAAUUUGAUCACGUUUACAUGUUAAGUGAGGUGACCCACCACAUGUUACCUCACCUAUCUGGGGUCCCUCACCUCCAUAUGAACUCAGGCCCUUAUUGACAUACCAUAAUACUCUUUGUUUGUCACCCCAAAAUUUUGCAUAAGCAUUGUUUUCAGUUUGGGGCCUUUUUAACUCCCAAGAGAAACUGAAAACAAUGCUUUUGCAAAAUUUUGGGGUGAUAAACAAAGAGUAUUAUGGUAUGUUAUGGUAUUUUCUGGAGUGGUCAAUUGAACAGGAACAACAGAGCGUUUUCACUCACGUGACCAGCAUCUAUGCAAAUUUAUUGGAACAAAAGAAAGCGUUGUUCAACUCCCUCAGGAUUGAUUUGGAACACCAACAUGGCCUCGGUUUUAUUGUUUUGGAACACCAAUAUGGCCGCUGUGACGUCAUGUGAAAAUGCUUUAUAGUAUUGUAUGAGACAACGCCUAACAUAUCUUCGAAAUGCGCAUUCAUAUUGAUCAAAACACAGACAUAACGUACUUGCCUGCACAGUAGUCAAGCUCUUCCUUUAGAAUUUGGACAUGUGAUGUUGGCAGCUUUUCUUUUGUCGAAGGCGGAACUUCAACAAAAGAAGCUUUAAAAUAUGGAAAUCUUUUUACCACACGGGACUCUCUGAAGCAGUAGUAUUUUACAGUUGUUGCAGCACUAGGUAACCACUUGGUUCGGUCCUUGGGGUCAGGGUACAUCCAGCGUUCCUCGUGUGACAAUACAAGUUUGAGGAGAAGUUACAAAAAGGAGACAGAAACAAUUAAUUUAAACUUUUCCGAUUAUUGAUCACGUGAAAAAUUAGAAGAAUAGCCUACCCCCCCAUCUCUGAGUAAAAGGUUUUUUCCGGAGGGGGUACUGGAGUAUCCCCUAGAAAUACGAAAAAGAAAUUGGAGGGUCUUGUUUUCAAGCCGACCCGACAGCGAGUCCAAUAACGAUAACCUCAAAAAACACGUGAGUAUUUCCCCGAAAUUUAGCACCAAUUCAUAUUAUCACGUGAUUCCAAGUAAAGGUGGGUUCGUGGUUUGCACAUUGCUUUUCCAGUAGCCACAUUCCUCUUUUCAACAUGGCCACGGGUUUCUCUAUAGCGUCUUCUUCGACGGAAAAUAAUCUUUCUUCUUCUAGCUCGGCGAGCCUUUCAUACAAGUUGAAAAUAACCCUAUUAGAUGACCAGUGUACCGAUGAGGAAGGUCGCUGGCGGAGGGUUAUAGUACCUGCGAAUUUCUCGUUGUACGGUCUUCAUAUCCUUAUUCAAGAAAUCUUUGGUUGGAAAAGCUAUUACAUGCAUAAUUUUAUGUCCAUGGGCGAAGGGUGCAGUUUGAGCGAGGACGAAGAAAGCAGUUUAAUUGAACAACCUUCGAAAAAGCCAAAGAAUGACCGACCAGAACAUGAUCCAGUUGAAUACAAAGUGACCGACGGGUACUGGGAAAUUGAGAAAUUGACCGAAGUUGGAAAAUGCAAUGGACUUUUCGUUCGCUAUUCGCAUGUGCACCAGAAAGGCUGUUUUACAAGCCCUCACCAGGUUAGGGGUGAACUAGUCUACAAGUUGUACGAUGUCUUCAACGAAGAGAAUCGUUAUCUUGAAUACGAGUAUGAUUUUGGUGCUUCGUGGAAUCAUGUCAUAGAAUUCGAAGGAGAAGAAAAAGACGCUAGCAAAAAUGGCGAAUUUCCAUCGUGUGUUGACGGAAGAGGGGCGAAUCGGAUGGAAGAUUGCCAAGACGAAACCUCGGACGGGGAGCUCAAACCAAGUUUCAAAAGAAAGAAGUUUAACUUAAAACAAUGCCAGCGAAAUUUACGAAAGAUUUUUGCUGGAAAAUGGCCUUUUUCCAACGUGGACAGCGCGAAAACCCCAAAAUACUACGCAUGUUACUGGUUGAAUGUCAAGAAGGGAGGAUGUCGCGGGACGUCCUGUGAUGGAAAAUGCUGUGGGGUUUUCCUUAAGUCGGACUACAUUCGUCAGUUGGCUGCGCUACCCAAUGAAGAGGCAAACAGAUUGUAUGAGGUCACAGAGAAGCAGUUGAAUAAGAUACGAAGAGAGUUUUUGGAAAAUGGAUUAUGCAAUUACAAGGAGUCAAACGGCGAUGCCUGUAUUGAGUGUAAUAAGUAA